CUUCCUCAUUCAAAAAUCUCAAGUUAUCAAGAAAGCUAAUUCUCCUCCCAAACUCCCUCUAUGGCAACAAUGGCUUCCACCUUGGCUUCCUCUGUUAUUACCAAAACCAAUUUCCUAGACACACACAAAUCAUCCUUAUUUGGUGUCCCACUUUCAUCAUCACAACCUAGACUUAAAUCCCUUAAAUCAAACCAACAACAAAACAUGUCUAUUUCCAUGUCUGCUGAUACUCCUCCUUAUGAUUUGGGGAGUUUUAGUUUUAAUCCAAUUAAGGAAUCAAUUGUUUCUAGGGAAAUGACACGUAGGUAUAUGACUGACAUGAUCACUUAUGCUGAUACUGAUGUUGUUAUUGUUGGUGCUGGUUCUGCUGGUCUUUCUUGUGCUUAUGAACUCAGCAAGAACCCUGAUAUUCAGGUGGCCAUUAUUGAGCAAUCCGUGAGCCCUGGUGGAGGUGCCUGGCUAGGCGGACAACUCUUCUCAGCCAUGGUUGUGCGUAAGCCAGCACAUCUUUUCUUGAAUGAGCUAGGCAUCGACUACGACGAGCAAGACAACUAUGUUGUCAUCAAGCAUGCUGCCUUGUUCACCUCGACCAUCAUGAGCAAGCUUUUGGCCAGGCCAAACGUGAAGCUCUUUAAUGCUGUUGCAACAGAGGACCUUAUCGUGAAGAACGGAAGAGUUGGUGGUGUUGUCACUAACUGGUCUUUGGUUUCACAGAACCACGACACACAAUCCUGCAUGGACCCCAAUGUCAUGGAGGCUAAGGUUGUGGUUAGCUCAUGUGGCCAUGAUGGUCCCAUGGGCGCCACCGGUGUUAAGAGGCUUAGAAGCAUUGGCAUGAUUAACACUGUUCCAGGAAUGAAAGCUUUGGACAUGAACGCCGCUGAGGAUGCUAUUGUUAGACUUACCAGAGAGGUUGUACCUGGAAUGAUUGUUACAGGCAUGGAAGUUGCUGAAAUUGAUGGAGCACCAAGAAUGGGUCCAACUUUUGGAGCUAUGAUGAUCUCAGGGCAGAAGGCAGCGCACCUUGCCCUACGAGCAUUGGGAUUGCCCAACGCCCUCGAUGGAACUGCAGAAACAAGCAUCCAUCCUGAUCUUAUCUUGGCUGCAGCUGAUGAAACUGAAACUGCUGAUGCGUGAAUGUAAUAUAUUUCUUUAAGGGUAAAAAGAUUAGUGUUUUUCCUAGAUGAGCAAUGGUUGUGUGGUGGAGAUAAAUUGGCAAGGGGGGAUGAAUAAAAAUCUGCAAGAUGAAAGUCACUGUGUUACCUUUGGCUGUGUCAUGUCUAUUCUUCUUUUCUUUUGAUUUAUUUCGACUUCGAAACAUCUUAUGUGAAAAAAGUUUUGGACUGUAGUAGUUGUUGAAUAAUCCAAUGAGCCUUUUGGCUUCGUUUUGGU